GAUGAAGCGAUGAAAUUUUAUCCGUUGUCUUCGUGUUUUUUGUAAUCCUGCUUACAAUCGAUGCAGGCCAAAUGUAGGUCUUUAUCUCUAUCAUACGAAUAUUUGAGCAGAAUCACCAUGUUAACAAAGAAGCGAUAGAUGUUCCAUUGAUGCUUCAUCAAAAGACUGUGUUGAAUUUUGCUUACAAAGAUUAAGCUGAAGCCACCAAUUCCACCUUGAUGCUAAGCUGGACUUGUAAAUUGUAUCACAAAGUUGUACUUUUACUACGACUCUAUCGUGUGGGCAUCAAUUUUGUACGAGUCUAGAUCAAGAAAAUCUUGGCCCAAAGCAAUGCAAUUGACUUGUCCGAAACACUAAGCAGGCACGAGCGAUCUGUAUCCUCGAAGACCGAUCAAUCGAUAUACCUCUUCAAAACUAUGUUCAAUUUGACGAAGUUAAUCGGUAUUAUAUUCACUGAUUCACUUGUUUCUCGACCACCUCACUCUCAAUUCGACAUCAAAGCGUACGAGUAUCGGAAGCUGUUGGUGAGAAAACUAUUCAUCGACUACAUGAAGCACUCUUAUCUCAAUUUGUCGAAUGUACCUCGUCGUAAGACUCCGAUUAACCGAUGCUUGCCGAAUACUUGUAAGACAACUGUAUUGGUUUUGAGCGCGACAGACUAGAUUCGCAUACCCUGAAUCAUGUUGUUGAUUCGUCACAUAUGUCCAUAUCCGCUAUCAAAUCAAAGUUAAAGAAGACACCAGACAGCCAAUUUGUGAUCAAAAUAAGCUGGAACCGAGUAUAGUAGUAAGUUGUGCUUUCUCAAAUUGAGCUUUUAAAUGUAGCACAAUUGCAGCAGGCGUUUUCUUGAGUUUGAAAGUGUCUAUUUCAAAUAUAUUUUGAGACUGAGCAUCAGCAGUA